UCUAUUGUUCCCUUUUGAUUAAUCCGAUCGCGAUUCACCUACGUCGUUGUUUUAAUGUAUUUGAAAUCCGGUUUCAUUGUCGUUCAAUUUUAAUUACAGAUUUCCUCAUUGCGAUGCAAACACUGGCAUAGGAGUCAAACAGCCUGCUCAAAACCAGUGCAAUCAUCGUCGAUUCCUUGUCGCUCGCAGUGGUCAUUGUGAGUUGGGAGCAGUAAUAUGACAGGAAAUUUAGAAAAUUGGUGUCAAAUUAUCCUCUUCGAUUGCACGAUCAUAAAGGUGGAUUAAAGGGAUGCAUGGCAUGUAUCGUGUAAUGUACGGUGGAGAGGAUGUACGAUUAUGUUUUAUUGAGAAUAAAGUUAUCUCUAUAAAAAUUUAGCUAAUUGGAUCCGACGUCGACAUGGUUGCAACUGUGAUGAAUUUCGACGGAUGCAUGAAUCGUUCGGGCCUGGUGACAACGUGCAAUUGACUCGAUUCGUUUCAUUCAAGGCCAGUAUCAGAGCUUCCAAGUAUUUAUAUAUAUAUAUAUAUAUAUACAUAUACAUAUAUAAAUAAAUGCAUUGUAGAGGCGAUUCUUCGUGUUCCUAGCGUCCUAUUCCUGUGGAGUUCAUUGCUCCUAAUCACGUGAACGGAUUAGUUGAGGAUUGUUAGAGUAAACAAGAUAAUAAACGACUAAUGGCAUUGUCAUUGUCUAAUAAAAUGUAAUAAUACGAAGUUCCGUGAAUCGAUUAAACGAUUCGAGCUUGUUUUCGUGGGAACGGUGAAGUAUAUUGUUUGCUCGCGAGUCGUUUCUAUGUACAUUGAGGAGCGCCGCCGCCGCCAUCUGUGAACCAACAGGAAAAUUCUUUAUACCAGUUGUCUUGUGCUUGUGCACGACCUCGACUCUGGAUUUGUGUGUUCUAGAAGAAAUGGACGAUCGUUUCUACAAUGUCCAAUGCAAAAGGUAACUGUGUGUCUUUCAUAUCCGUUGAAGUUUCCCAGAGACCUACAAGUACAAAUUAAGAAUAUUAGUUUUAUUUGCUACAGAACAAUUGGGCAACAUGCUCUCCAAUUGCGGUGAUACAACUGAUGCAACUGCUCCUUUACAACCAACAAUUAUAGAAGGUAUCUCCAGCACAGACAGUGUUGGUACACACAGCGACAUUUCUGGGCACACUACCAUCUCUGGAAGACCUAAAAUGGAUGUGGCUUGUGUUUUGGAUCUACAACAACCGGAGCAUAUAGCUCAGAGGAGGAAAGCACUAGAGGAAGUCAGACAAGCUUGCAACCUUGUUAAUGCUAAUAUGCAUCAUAUACAGUUUGAGAAGCUAGACUUCGGGGAGACAAAUGUGUUAGAUACAUUCUACAAUGCAGAUGUAGCUGUAGUGGAUUUAAGUAUACAGCUGCAGCAAUCUGCUUUAUUCUAUCAUCUUGGUGUCAGGGAAAGUUUUGGUAUGAAAGAAAAUAUUUUGCUGCAUAAUGAUAUGGACUCUGAAACUACAAUUAGGCUCAAGUUGUCGUGUGGAAGCUACACAUUUGUCUCAUACCGUAUGGUGGACUGUGGUUCAUGUGUAGCUACAAAUCCAACCACUACAAGAAUUACCGGGGAGGAAGCUAUAGAUCCAAAGCAACACCUAACGUUGAGGCUUAAGAAACUGUUCCAAGAUGUUGAAGUACAAUCCAAAGCACACAUGAAAGAGAAGUUCCUAGCAGACUUGCGGAAAGCACGAGAAACAUAUUCGGGCGAGGAGCUUUCAAAGGCUUUGAACAACAUGCGCAAACGUUUGGACGACCCAAACGUCCUUUCGGGAGAAGUUGUCUUAAACGUUCUGAUUUCUUUCCGAGAGAUACAGGAUUAUGAUGCAAUGGUACAACUGGUCGAUGACCUGAGGACUAUACCAACGCACAAAAAUUAUAUCAAUACCCCCGCGAUCCGGUACCUGUACGCGUUCGCACUAAAUCGAAGAAAUAAAGAGGGCGACAGAGAAAGAGCGCUGAAAGUUAUAGAAAAAGCUCUGGAGAAGAAAGAAAAUCAUGUUCCGGACAUGUUGUGUCUUUGUGGAAGAAUAUACAAGGAUAAAUUUGUGGAAAGUAGACAUACGGAUGAAGAAAGUUUAAACAACGCUAUUCAUUGGUAUAGAAAGGGUUUUGAGGUGCAACCAAACGAAUACGCUGGAAUAAAUCUCGCCACGUUGCUAGUUAUAGCAGGGAACGAGUUUUCAAAAAGCGAGGAAUUGCAGCACAUAGGCAUGGUGUUGAACAAUCUCAUUGGCAAGAAAGGGAGCUUGUCGAGUUUAAAAGACUAUUGGGACGUAGCCACCUUCUUUGAAAUCAGUGUGCUGGCCGAGGAUUACUCUAAAGCUAUUCAAGCAGCCGAGUGCAUGUUCAAAUUGAAGCCGCCAAACUGGUACCUGAAAUCGACGAUAGGAAACAUAAUGCUGAUAGAUAGGUUCCGUAAAAAGAAUGAGGAAGCAGAGGUAUCGCCAGAGGAGCAAAUAUUUAGUUUUUGGAUGGACUACUUUGUCGAAGCGACGAAAUCGGAAGUCGGCGAUAGUAUACGGUUUCCACUCUUAGUGCUGGAGCCGACCAAGAUCUUCAUGCCGAGCUAUGUGAACGUUAAUCUCGGGGCAGAGGAGAAGUCUGUUCAGAUUUGGAACUUGUGCUUGGACAACAUGAAGAGCAAUUGCAAGCAAGUCCACGAUUGGCUCUUCACCGCGAACAUGAUACGCAGCGUGAGUCUGUAUAAGCGAGAUGAACGAUGUCUUUUUUUGUACGUUCAUCAAAAUUCCGAUGAUUUCCAAAUGUACUUCCCCUCGGUUCAAUGUAGACAGAGGUUUUACGACUUGAUUCUGGAAAUGACCAGAGAUCAGGAAGGUAUGGUCACUGAUUUGGACGCCUACAUGACUGAUGAAAGGAUGAAGUUUGAAUACGAAUUGGAUGAUCAGAGCAAACGAAUGAUCCUGGGUAAAGGUACGUACGGCGUUGUCUAUGCAGCUCGGGACCUAAACACUCAAGUCAGAAUUGCAGUCAAAGAGAUACGCGAAAGAAAUUUAGGGGAUGUGCAGCCGCUGCAUGAAGAGAUUAAAUUACACAGUCAACUGAGACAUAGGAAUAUCGUGCAGUACUUGGGAUCAGUAAGUGAGAAUGGAUACUUCAAAAUCUUCAUGGAACAAGUCCCUGGAGGCAGUUUGUCAGCCUUGCUGAGAUCAAAAUGGGGCCCGCUAAAGGAAAACGAGUCCACGAUUGCUUAUUAUACCAAACAGAUUUUGGAAGGCCUUAAGUACCUCCACGAUCAAAAAAUUGUUCAUCGAGAUAUCAAAGGCGACAAUGUUCUGGUGAACACAUACAGCGGUGUAGUCAAGAUUUCAGACUUCGGCAUGUCGAAACGAUUGGCCGGUUUAUGUCCCAGCACAGAGACAUUCACUGGUACGCUUCAGUACAUGGCACCAGAAGUGAUCGACAAGGGACAACGAGGAUACGGUGCACCUGCAGAUAUUUGGUCUCUGGGUUGCACCAUAGUAGAAAUGGCCACUGGUAAACCACCAUUCAUCGAGCUGGGUUCUCCUCAAGCUGCUGUCUUUAAGGUUGGAUAUUAUAAAAUACAUCCGGAAAUUCCGUCCGAACUAUCAGACAGAGCCAAAAGCUUUAUUCUGCGUUGCUUCGAGCCGAAUCCUGACAUAAGAGCUUCCGCAGCCGAAUUAUUGGAGGAUCCAUUUUUAAAUGAGUACGUUCAUAGGAAAAAGAAAGCCAGUCGAUUGGUGGCUCCACCAGAUUUUAGUCGUAGCAUCUCUGUACCUGCUGACAGGCUUGAACGCUUAGGAAAAUUCGACAAAACAAACAAUAAUCACAUCGUUUCCACGGCACCUAUACAAACCUCACAAUCGGACGAUAGUGUUACAUACAGUGGAGGGCUGACAAAGUCUAGCCCACUGAGGGAGCGCAGUCCAGCACACCUUCUGUCUCCCAUCAGCAUGCCCACUGCAACCUUAUCUUUUAACAGUACAAUAGGCAAUACACCUUCCGUAGAAACAAGCGAAUCGGAGACGGCGGGUGUUUCGAUGACUAGAAGAAGCUCUUCCGGGGGUUUACUAUCACCCGAAGUUGAACUGGGAGGCCAGCCAGGUCAGAAGACUGGCGAAGAACAAGAAGGCUUUUACUUACUGAAAAAAGAUAGUCAGAGAAGAAUGACGCUCACCAGAGUCCUCACGCAGGACGAGGCGAAGAUCUGUGAGGUGUGGAUGAGAGGUAUACAUCAGGCAGAGGGUCAAACUGUUCUCCAAUUGAGUCAUCUAGUAUUAUUAAUGCGAGCUCUGAGGGAUUACAUAGCUGAACAAAAUCAUGAAGUAAUAGUAACGGCUAUUAGAACGUUGAAAGAAGAAUUAGACUUCGACUCCAUUGCUAUUAAUCACCUGAACCAAGCCAUUUAUCUUUUUCAAACGGCAGUAAACGAAGUCCUGCGAAUGCACAGUAUAAAACCUCACUGGAUGUUCGCGUUGGAUAAUUUAGUUAGAAAUGCUGUUCAGGCGGCCAUCACUGUACUUUCUCCUGAACUCGGUGCUAAUUUGUUGGGCCAAGAACGAGUACAGCCGGGUGGCCAAGGACCCGAGGAAGGAUCCACAUCCGGUGUGUCCACGGUGAAUUCUGUAAAGUCACAGAAAACCGGAGAUUCCAUCGACAAUAGGUACUGGAAGGAGUAUCGAGAUCAAAUGGGAGACUUGAAGAUGGAGAACAUGAAAUUAAUCCAAGAGUUAAUCGAUAGUCAAAAAGCCUAUCAAGUCCUACUACAGCAAGCGUUUGAAGAACAGAAAGUUCAGAUUAAUACCCUAACGCGGCUUUGUGAGAAUAUCAACAGGAGAACCACAAGGCAAGAAUCAGGAUACACCUCAACUGUAUCGGGAAAUACAUCUAAUAUAUCAGUUCCAGUAAUUAUCAGUGACGCAUCUUCCGAGGUAGCUUCAGUUGUCGAUGAAACUCUUGUAGAAUGGUUGCAGAACCUGCAAAUCGAUGAAGCAUCAAUUGAAAGGAUUACGUACGAACAAUACACGUUAGACGACUUUCUGAAUCACAUUACCCGUGACGACAUUCGAAGACUUAAUUUGAGGGGAGGGAUCGAGCUCAGGAUAUGGCAAGCGAUAUCAAAGCACCGACGGUAGAGCAAAUAAGCCAAAAACGACUCCGUUUUUAACACAACAGUAAAAUUGGUCAACUUUAUGCAGGGUAAAAUAGUUGUUCAAAAAAAAAUGUGGCUGCUACGGAAUGAUGACGGACAAUGAGCAGAGUUAUUGGGUGGUUAAAUAAUUAACGAAACACCCGUCUCGUUCGUUAGUACUCCGUGGACUAAACGAAUGCAGCGUUUUUAAUGCACAAAAUGAUAUUAUUAGUUUACCUUGUAGUUCCUAAUUAUAGAUUAUUUAAUAGUCACGAAACAAGUGUGUACAUAGGAGAAAUUUUGCAUAUAUAUACUGAUUCGUUGAAAGAUGAAAUUUACCGGAUUCGUUGAGAGUAGGAUCAACGGAGCUCGUGCUGCACAGAGAGAGAGAGAGAGAGAGAGAGAGAGAGAGAUCAGUAUUCUCGCGUCGAAACAAAUUUAUUCAACUCGUUAGAUUAGAGUUUCCGAUCUUGCCAAGUUUAAGGAAUCGACAUCGUUCAGAGGGGGAGGAGAAUGUUAUUCAAAUUUAUCGACGCUACUGCCAGGAACGAUUGAUAUUAUCGGGGGAAAAAAAAAACAGUUACAUGUGAAAGAUUGCCUUGUUUGUUCGUUCCUUGUAUUCUUGAACGACUAUCAGCCACGAGAAGCCGCAGGGCAGGCUAACAUGAACCGUAGGAGCAAAGCGAGGAUCGUAGUGCCUUAUGAACCAGUGUAAUAGUACAAGAGAAGAUAUUUAUUACGUGCAGACGAUCACGUCUCGUUAUUGUAUUUCUAGAUUCUGAAGGGUGUAUGCGUCACCUUCGACGCACACGUAAAUGUUCUUGUAGUCGUGUGCAUACCGCGCAUGUUGCACUUCGAAAUAGACUGCGGAUCCUCACGCGAACUCUCAUUCUCGCAGCUUGUUUCAUAACCGGACUGCUGAUUUUUAUGCAAAACUCUGCAGUCCACUCGUAAGCAGGAAGAUGGUUUGCAGCCGAAACGAAGUUAGACAACUGCUGAACUGCAUAAAGGUCCGCAAUCUGGUAACAGGGGGGUUCGCUAUUACAGCGUCAGAAGUUUACCAUACGUUUCGCCGAUUUUUGUAGAUACCGAUUUUUAUAUAACGACAGAUGUUUUGCUUUCUUGUGCAGCUGUUCGCGCGCACAGAGAACUCAUGCUUCCUUUCUACAUUGUUUAAGCUAACAAUCAGCAGUGUCUUCUAGCGCCUGAAUACAACGAUAGACCGUAAUCACGCGAGUCAAUUGAUACAAGUGCCUAAACGCAUCAGGAAUUAGCGCAACGUCCGUUCAUUUUAAUUACUUCGCCAAUGCGUGUCGCUCCGGAAUCAGACGCUGUUCGAAACAAGUAGAGGAUGCUUCGCUAAAUUAACCAUCGUCUGCCCAUCUUUCCAGAUGCAAUUGAUUAUGCAUUCGCAGCUGUACUAUAUUCGUUGCUUCUAACAAGCGUGUUGGUUCAGCUCCUUUAAUUAUUUCGAGCAGCAUUCUAAUAAUCGGAAGGCUUUCAAAUUAUGGAAGAUCAUCUGCCAAGAUAUUGCAAUUGCGUCCGAGUGUUGUGCCGAUAAUAAACGUGGACGAGAAUACCACGACUAAUCGUUAAGACGUUCCCAUUGCCGUUCCCAUUCACUGUACUCGUUAAGAUUAAUUAUCUCCGUUAUUCUUACAGGCUGAAAUUUUUAAUAAAGAUUCCAGCGGGCA